GGUAUGAAUACGUUUAUGGAAUGAAUACUCCUGCUUCAUACUCAAUGCCGGGUCAUGCUGGGGGGUUGAUUCGUAUUGAUGAGUUGUUCAAAUUUAAUACAUACGAAACUGCAUUUAAUGGUUCUCCAAUGGUGUUUGGUGCUUUUCCUUCUUUACACUCUGCAUGCGCAAUUAUCCAAACUCUUUUUAUUUCUUACACUUUACCAAAAUCUCUUGGAGGUGGUGUUUAUGCUAUUGUGACUUUCUGGUUUGCCUGGGAUUGGUUGCCACCUGUUAAUAUUACUGAUAACUCUAAUGACUCUGAUGAUAAUGUUGAUAGUACUUUAUUAAUACAAAACAAUAAUAGUAAUGCUUCGAUACCUUGUAAUGAGCCUAAUGUUAAAGUUUUUAAUUCCGAUCGUAAUGAAUUUAAAGUUGAGAUUGCUAAUAUUG